AGGACGAAACAUGUGGCGUCGUGAAUGCUACUUUUGUAGAACCAAACGUUCGUUUACAGAAAAAAUGACCCAGUGUAAAAACUGCCGAGUGAUGGUGCACGAUCGGUGCCUGCCACCGGACGUGGUCGGGUCCACCGUGAGCGGCCUCCGCAGCAUCCUCAAGUCGACAGCGAGCGAUUGUGAGAGCGGUCAGAAGGGCAGCCCGCGUGUAUGGCACCUGGACAACCUCGACUUGCACGGUUACGGCUACCAUCUGCACCGAGACCUUGAGGCUUUCCUGGUGCCUUGCCGCACGCCCCCGGAACGCGACGAGACCGUUGAGUCCGUGGUCGCAGAGUUUUUUAAAAUGUUCGCGGGACGCGCGGACCUGUCGUUUAAAACGGCCGCGGUGUCUUCCGAGGAACCCAACUCUACUGACGUGCGAAGCGGCAACGGCGGCAGGUCACGACGGAGAAGACGACGGAACGGACGGAGAAAUGCUAAUGCGAUUACAAAAAACUAA